AUGAAAGUAGCAGAGACAAUAUGGGUAAACGACGGAUACAUAUGGCCAGAUAAGCGAUGUCGAAUGUGGCUUUCAGUAAGGUCAGGGUCCAUCUUCGAGAGAUCUAACAUUCCGUUAAGUACCUGGCUACACUUGAUGUUCCCAUGGGCUACGCAGAUUUCGGGGAGCAAAAUCUCGUGGCUUACCAGCCUUUCAAAACCUACUGUGAUCAGGGCGCUGAGAUCAAUCUGUUCCAACAAGAUCCUGAAUGCUGAAAUUAAACUUGGAGGUGUAGGUAAGACUGUGGAGAUAGACAAGUCCAAGUUUGGUGCCAAGAGAAAGUAUAAGAGAGGGAGAGUAUCGGAAGGUCCAUGGGUGUUUGGGGUAGUGGAGCGAGAAUCGCAGAGAGUGCCUGUCUUCCGUGUUCCCGACAGAACUGGGGAGACACUUGUGCAUCGCCUUAUCACCACACAUAUUCUUCCUGGAACUAUCACUGAUCUCCUCUGA